UUACGUAUAAGCACUGUCUGUUUGGAAAGGUUUUAUCAAUAAGAGCAAAAUGUUUAGAGUAAACAUCUAUAAUGUGGAGUACAUCCGUUUUAUUUUACAGCAGAUAAUCCAAUAUAAAGUUAAGGGUUAGGGAAAUAGAUAUGGAUUUGAAGACGACGGACAUUUAAGACAACAUGGAAGAAUGAACAACUCUAGAAGAUCAUCUUCCGGUCAGUUUGUCCAGCACCGUUUGUACACCAUCAAUAGGUCGGGGUCCGGGGAGGCUUUUUAUAUCCUCCUGACCCCAGACCACAACGAUGUCCUGACGUAUCAAAUCAAAACGGAGCACUGGAAGGCUACAAAGGAUAUUAGUCACUUUGGAGUUGCUAUCGUAAAUAACUUCCUGUACAUUAUUGGAGGGUUUAACGUGGCUACUGCCAAGCACGUAAAAAGAGUUGUCAGGUUUGAUCCAGACGAUGGAACAUGGAAAGACGUAAAACCUCUUCCAAUCGCACGUGCCAAGUUCGCUACUGCUGUAUUGGACGGCAAAAUCCUGAUCCUAGGCGGAGAGGAAAGCAACGGUAAAGUUCUGUCCUCCUGUGAAAUGUAUGACCCUGAACAGAAUGAAUGGACAGAGGCACCACCACUGGUCUCACCAAGAGCGAACCACAUGUGUGUGGUGCACCACAACGAAAUUUAUUGCGCAGGGGGUUACUAUGGUAACAAGAGCCACAGAAAUAUCUGGACCUACGAGGGCAGACGUUGGGAGGAUCUGGGAAGGCCUUACCCACAUCAACUUCCGGAAAGUCUGGAUAGAUUCGCCAUGACAACAGUCGGUAGACAUUUAUAUUUCAUUGGAGGUGUCGUGUGCACCAUGGACAAUCAAGAAAAGAAAUUGAAAUUUGUAACACACCGUCGUAUUUUUUCCUACACGACCAGCGUGUCAGCCAUGUCUCGACCGGAAGUAGUAGAGGAGGAGGAAGACGACACGGAUGACGAGAAACCCGUCCUUGUGUCUGAGUUUAUCUCCCCCUGGAACCUAGCUCUGCCCAAUAUGUCGUACGGCCGUCACAGUCAUGGCGUCGCUACUGUCGGGACUCGUAUUUUUGUCAUGGGAGGAUCGCUGUUGGAAACAGGUCAACAAGUGCGUAUAGUGGAGGUGUUCGAUACAGAGAAAGGGGAGUGGGAGGAGGACUUCCGGUUCCGGAAAGGUGAUGUAUCAAAUGUAACUUGUGCAAUUUUGGAAGUACCCUACAAGCAAGAAGAAACUCGAGUGAACGAACGACUAAAAUGGAUACUAUGGUAGAUGAUCAUUAAGACCAAAGAAAAGUUGUUUUCAGUAUAUAUGUUCACACACACCACAUCAGAGAGAAAAAAAUUUCUGCUUCGAUUAUUUUAACAGUUGUACAUGUUCUGGUCAAAUUGAACAUUUAUAUAUACAUUUGUACAUGAAAUUGUUAUCAUUUUUUUUUAUUGUUAAGUGAUCUCUGUAUUAAUCAAAUA